UACACUCUUCCCCGGGAGCUUGUUUCUCUGUGUUUUAGGUCUCUCUCCCUCUCUCUCUGUCUCCUCUUUAAUCAGUUUAUCUAGCUGCUUUUGUCGUUAACUUCCCCGACGCAAUUUCAACUCCAAAUUAGGCGAGGAAGAUGGUUGUCGACGCUGCCCUCGAAGUCGAACGGCGACUUCCCUCGAAAGUUGAGCCGGACUAUGACCGCUUGAGCGAGCUGAAACCGUUUGAUGAGCCGAAGACCGGGGUUAAAGGCCUGGUCGACACGGGAAUCGGGAAAGUGCCACGGAUCUUUAUCCACGAACCCGAGAGCUUCGACCGGAAAUACGGUCGAGGGAGCCCAGACCUCGUGGUCCCGGUCGUGGACCUCGAAGGCGUGGCCGAUGAUCUGGUGCGGCGUAAACUAAUUGUCGAUCAAGUUCGAAAUGCCUCGGAGGAAUGGGGGUUCUUUCCGGUGAUAAACCAUGGAGUGCCAGAAGAGAUCAUGCAGGAGAUGAUUGCUGGGGCCAUAAGGUUCUUUGACCAGGACCGAGAGAUCAAGAAGGCCUUGUACACGAGGGAUACGAUCAAGAAGGUUGUGCACAAUAGCAACUUUGAUCUGUAUCAGUCCUUGGCAGCUGACUGGAGGGACAACAUGUAUUGCCUUCUUGCUCCCAGCCCUCCCUCAUAUGAAGAGAUCCCAGCCGCUUGUAGGGACAUCAUGCUAGAGUACCAAAAGCAAGUGACCAAGGUUGGGCUCUUGCUGUUUGAGCUGCAAUCAGAGGCCCUAGGGCUCAAGCCAAGCCACCUCAAGGACAUAGAUAGUGCAGAGGGGCUUGCAAUGCUCUUGAACUACUACCCUCCAUGCCCUGAGCCUGACCUGACCAUGGGCACAAGCAAGCACCAGGAUGAUUACUUUCUCACUGCGCUCCUCCAGGACCAAAUUGGUGGCCUCCAAGCCCUCUACAAGGAUCAAUGGGUCGAUGUUCCUCCAGUUGCUGGAGCCCUUGUGAUCAAUAUCGGAGAUCUUCUUCAGCUUAUAUCGAACGACCAAUUCAAGAGCGUCGAGCACAGGGCCUUGGCAAGCCGGGUUGGCCCGAGAAUCUCGGUGGCCAGCUUCUUCACCACAUACAUGCAGCCAUCAUCGAAAAUCUACGGGCCCAUCAAGGAAUUGCUGUCAGAGAACAAUCCUGCCAAGUACAGAGAAACCACGGUGAGGGACUACACAUACUACUUCAACAUGAAAGGGCUCGACGGCACUUCGGCUCUCCCGCACUUCAGGCUUUGAACUUUGGAUCACUCUUGUUGUGAAGGGCCCUAUGAUUUUUCAUCCCUAUCCAAUAUAGCAGAGGGUCAUCAAAACUGUGAUUGUACUAGCAAGUGUACUCCUAUGUCUUCAUGUUCAUCGGUGUUCUGUUUGGCUUGUGCUUCAAAUGUUAUAAAUAAAUAGUCCUCUUCCAAUUUCUGGUGUUUCACAUAUGAUUUGCUGUACAA